AGCCCAUAACCAAAUCUCCAAUCUAUCAUCUUUCUCUCUCUUCUUCUCCUCUAUAAAACAAAAAACUGGUCCUCUUCAACACCCCCAUUAACCACCAACAACCCUUCUUCUCCUCACUUCGCUCCAAUUCCCUUCUGGGUUUCGCAAUUCGACCCACUGGGUCCCCAAAGCCACCACCUUUUCCUCCGUGGAACGCUGAAUCGAAGGGCAAGAGGGAACAACAAGAAGGAGAAACAAGAGGAGAGAGAAGAAUUGGGUUAAAACCCGGGGUUGAAGCAUUGCAGACAUCACGGCUAUUCAACGAGUUCGCCACUCUCUCUCUCAUGCCCGUUGUGUCCGACGCAAGGGUUGUGUGACGGAGAGCAACCCUUCGCCGCACGGCGGGCGUGGCGCUUUGCCUUCCGAAGGCGGCAGCCCCUCCGACCUCCUCUUCCUCGCCGGCGGUGGUUCCCUUCAAAAUUAGGACUUCCUCGUAGUGUUAGUAGUGAUAGCAAUAGCGUCUUCAAGAGUUAAUCCAUAAAGGGGUGUCUUGUUUCCUUUCUUGUUCUUGUUGUUAUUGUUCUUUGGUUUUGGUGGGGGAUUAGUUUUAGAUAGGAUGAUGUUGAGUAUUAAGAGGGUUCCCACUGUGGUUUCCAAUUAUCAGAAGGACGAGGAGGCUGCUGCCGGAGGUUGUGGUCGGAAUUGCCUAAAAAAUUGUUGCAUCCAAGGUGCGAGGCUGCCUUUGUAUGCUUUUAAGAAGGUGGACCCGGUUGGAGGAAAGGAGUUGCCUUUGCUUGGAUGCAAGGAGCCUGUAGCCUUUCUGGACUCGCUUAUUCUUGGGGAGUGGGAAGAUCGUGUGCAGAGAGGGCUUUUCCGCUAUGAUGUUACUGCCUGUGAAACCAAGGUGAUUCCUGGGGAGUAUGGUUUCAUUGCUCAGCUGAAUGAGGGUCGCCACCUCAAGAAGAGACCAACUGAGUUCCGUAUUGACAAGGUCCUCCAACCCUUUGAUGAAAGCAAAUUUAACUUCACUAAAGUUGGGCAAGAAGAGGUCCUGUUUCAGUUUGAGGCUAGCAAUGAUGGGGAAGUUCAAUUCUUUCCAAAUGCGCCAAUUGAUGUUGAUAAUUCUCCCAGUUUUGUUGCUAUCAAUGUCAGUCCUAUUGAAUAUGGGCACGUGCUUCUGAUUCCUCGGAUCUUUGAGUGUUUACCUCAAAGGAUUGAUCAUGCAAGCUUCUUGCUUGCACUUCACAUGGCAGUUGAAGCAAGGAAUCCAUAUUUUAGGUUGGGUUACAACAGCUUGGGUGCAUUUGCAACCAUUAACCAUCUGCACUUUCAGGCAUAUUACUUGGCUCUGCCUUUUCCCAUUGAGAAGGCUCCUAUUAAGAAUAUUGCCAAAUUAAGUGGUGGAGUGAUAAUAUCUAAACUGCUUAACUAUCCAGUAAGAGGCCUUGUCUUCGAGGGCGGUCAUACAUUAGAGGAUUUAGCCAAUGCUGUUUCAGAAGCCUGCAUCUGCCUUCAAGAUAACAACGUACCUUACAAUGUGCUUAUUUCAGACUGUGGAAGGCAAAUCUUUCUAUUGCCACAGUGCUAUGCAGAGAAACAAGCUCUUGGAGAAGUGAGUGGUGAGCUUCUGGAGACCCAAGUGAAUCCUGCUGUGUGGGAAAUUAGUGGGCACAUGGUGCUGAAGAGGAAGAAGGACUAUGAGGAAGCAUCUGAAGCCAAUGCUUGGAGGCUUCUUGCAGAGGUUUCCCUCUCUGAAGAGAGGUUCCAAGAAGUCACUGCUCUUGUUUUUCAAGCCAUUUCAUCUUAUGAGAUGAAUGUCAAGCCUCAGUGUCUCGAGGAAGUUGAUGCCGUUAGCUCUAGCACUCAGCCUGCCAUGGUGGCUGGGUCCCAGCAAUGCCUUGUGCUCCGGUAACAAGGCCCUGAUGAACAAUUUCAUAGUGAUUACGUAUUUUAUGAAUUGCUAUAAUAAUUUUCCAGUAAAAUUUGUGUGGUAUCCAUUACUAUGGUGGUGGCAGUUACUUAAGUUUGAAGUAUUAUGCAAUGUUUUAAGGACUUCAAAUAUUAUAUGGUUUGUGUUUAUUAUGUGGACUUGCUGUAUGGUGCUUGAUUGCCUUCGUGGUCUACGUGAAAAUACAAUGUAAUAAUGACUGCUCUUGUCAGCUUAUUCAGUGGUUAGUGUUUGUGGUUGAAUAAAGUGGCACAUACUUUUCA